AAUUGCGUCAUCACGCUGCGCCAACGGAUCGGAGACCCUGGAUUCGGAGUUGGAAGUGAGGUGCGGGAAGUCCGUCGCCUCCUGAUGAAUUCAUUGGCUGUGGAACUGGGCGCGGAGGGGAACGUGGAGGCUGCUUCUUGCAUCUAAAUACCUGUCUUAGGCGGACUGCCCGUUCCGCAGAUUUGCCUGCCACGCGUGCACAUCCUGAGUACAGGACAUUUAAUUAAUUCUCAAUAAUGGGAAGAACCUACAUUGUAGAAGAGACUGUUUGCCAGUAUUUUUCAAACAUUAAUCUCCAAGGAAAGGCUUUUGUCUCUGGUCUUUUAGUAGGACAGUGUUCUUCACAAAAGGAUUAUGUGAUUCUUGCCACUAGAACGCCACCCAAAGAGGAACAAGAUGAGAACCUCAAACACCCCAAAGCUAACUUGAAUGACUUGGAUGAAGAAUGGGCCACAGAACAUGCCAACCAGGUAUCCAGAAUGCUACCAGGAGGACUUUUAGUUCUUGGAGUAUUUAUUAUUACAACUUUAGAAAUGGGAAAUGAUUUUCAAAGUACCCUGCGUAGAUUAGUGUUUGCUAUGGAAAAAUCUAUUAAUAGAAAGAGACUGUGGAAUUUUACAGAGGAUGAUGUCGCAGAACGAGUGGCACUUCACAUUUGUUCUUCUACAAAAAAAAUAUUUUGUCGAACAUAUGAUGUCCGUGAUCCAAAGAGUUCAGCAAAACCAGCAGAUUGGAAGUAUCAAAAUGGACUGUCAGCUUCAUGGCUUUCUUUAGAGUGUACAGUUCAUAUUAAUAUUCACAUCCCGCUGUCUACUACUUCUGUCAGCUAUACUCUGGAGAAAAAUACAAAGAAUGGACUUAUACGCUGGGCCAAGCAAAUAGAAAACGGUAUUUAUUUGAUAAAUGGACAAGUUAAAGAUGAAGAUUGUGACCUACUAGAAGGACAAAAGAAAUCUUCUAGAGGAAAUGCUCAAGUGACUAGUCAUUCUUUUGAUGUCAAAGUGCUCACACAGUUGCUUCUGAAUUCAGACCACAGAUCCACAGCCACAGUCCAGAUCUGCAGUGGCUCUGUAAACCUUAAGGGUGCUGUGAAAUGCAGGGCUUAUAUUCAUAGCAAUAAACCCAAGGUUAAAGAUGCUGUACAGGCAGUAAAGAGAGAUAUAUUGAAUACAGUUGCUGAUCGUUGUGAAAUACUAUUUGAGGAUCUGCUUUUGAAUGAAAUUCCAGAAAAAAAAGGUUCUGAAAAAGAGUUCCACAUCCUUCCUCACCGAGUUUUUGUCCCCAUUCCGGGAUCCACUGUAAUGUUAUGUGAUUAUAAAUUUGGUGAUGAGUCAGCUGAAGAAAUCAGAGACCAUUUUAAAGAGAUGUUAGAUCAUAUGAUUCAGGUAGAAGAUUUAAAAGUUGCAGAAGAAAUAAACACAGCUUGUAUAAGUUCCUCUAUAAAUAGUGAAGCUUCUUUGGACCACAUAGAUGAUGAACACCCACAACAACCAGUUGAAACUACCGUAGUACUGAAAAUUCAGCAAAACAUAGGUGUGAUUGCAGCAUUUGCAGUUGCAGUCUUUGCUGCUGGUCUCUCCUUUCAUUACUUCAGUGAUUAGGGUGAGGCACAGAGAACUUCCUGAUCAUCCAGAGAACACUGACCAACAGUUAUGAAUAGUAAAGAUGCAAACAGUCCAUCUGCAUUUAAGACACUUGCAGCCAGAUCUGCUGCCAUAAUGCCUUUUAGGUGUGUUUCUGACUAAAAUGAAAUCACCAGCUGCCUUGUUUAGUCCUGCUUGUCUUAUAGGUGGCCUAGGCUUCCAAAAAUAAAGUUAUGCAUCUAAGUGGAAGUUGCAUGAAACAAAUCAUUAUUAUCUAUUUUUUUAAAUGUUCAAAAUGAUGUUUUAUUUUCAUAGAUUUUAGUCCUGUUGAUCUGGAUCACAGAUUGAUUAGAACAUUGAACAUUUGAAUAAUUGGGGUUGACUGAAUAUUUUAGUAAUAAUAGGAGAAAUUUCUGCAAAGUGGGGAACAACCUACUAGGUAAUUCAUACUAUAGGACCUUCAAAUUUUCAUCCACUUCCAAAAUACUGAUCAAAUUCUGAUUAAGGAGUGGGAGGCCUUUUCAGAGGGAUUUUAAUCAGUAAGGAUUGCCAUAAAUCAUGUGCUUUCUCAGGUUACUGUAUCAUAACAGUUUAAAUAUACUACAUAAGACUUUUGCUUCCAACAAUACAUUAGACUAAGUACUGUAAAACAACUAGAUCCUGACUAAAAUCUACUUUUGAAUUAGUAGGCUCGAAAAAAGUAGGGGACAUCGCCAAGAAUCAUACCUCUACUUUUUCUCCCCUACAAAAAUGAACACAUUUUGAGUUAAAAUUUGUGUAUACUGUAUUAGGCAUGCAGGUGGACAUUGGUUGCCCAGAUAGCAAACACCAAUUACAGCACUGCCAUAUGCAGUUUACCUUGGACCAGAAAGAAAGAGACAUAUCCGAAUCUGAGAUGCUAGGACAUUUUAAAUGGCCCUUGGUUUGCAGUACUCAUUAGCCUCUGGCAAAAGCAAGAUUUAUAAAGCCCAGGAUUCUCAUAGAGUAAGAUAAAGCAAUAUUAUUUCAUGACUAGAGAUCAGCAGAUGCCAGUUGAAACUUGAUGGUGUGAGAAAGAACCUAUAGAAAUAACAAACUUUGGAUUCAGUUCUCCAAGAUAUCAUCACCAACAUACAAGAAGAAUGGAACCAAAAGCAGAUCUAAAAAAGAAACAAACUGAACUGCUAGAAAUGAGAAGCAUGUUACUUGAAAAAAACCUCAGACAUGUUGCAUAUCAUAUUAGACUCAGUUGAAAAGACAAUAAAUAAACUGGGAGGUAGAUCCAAAGAAAAUGCACAGUGUGUAGCAAGGAGAAAUGAAUCAGAAAAUAAAAAUAUUAAAGAGAAGUUAAGACUGGAAGUACUAGAAAGAGAGAAUAGAGAGAAUGGGAGAGUGGCGGUAUUUGAAGAUAUAACAGGAUUUUCCAUGUUUGUUGGACAAACAUGAGUGCAUAUAUUCAAGAAGCACAAUUAUCUCCAGUAUAUACAGAUAACCUCCAUGCCUAAACUCCAUGUAGUGUAACUGCAAGAUUCUAAAAGCAGUUAAAGGGGCAAAGAUCAAAAGUGAUGGCAAGGCAGUCAAAUAUUUAGUAGGCUUCUCAGUAGCAACAGUGUACCCAAAAGAUGGUGGAAUAAAGCCUUCAAAAUUCUGAGAAUUAUUAGAAUUUGUACCAAGCAAAACAGAAAUAAAGACAUUUUCAGAUGAAAAAACAGAUUUUACCAUCAACAGACCUUCAUUAAAGAAACUACAAAAGGAUUAUCUUCAAGAAGGAAAGUGAUUCCAAAAGGAUGAUCUGAAAUUGAAGAACUAGUGUGCAAGUAAAAUGUUAAAAUAUGUAAAUCAUGUUGAUAUAAAACAAUGGUAAUGAAAGAAGUGUUUAUAAGAAGUAAAAUUGUAAACAAAUGUAAAAUAAACAUUUUAUGCAACAUGAA